UCAGUGCACUACGAUGACGCUGUUCAAGCUUAGUGUUCUCCUUCUGAGAACGGCUGUCGAGUCAAGAGCCUUGUCUCAAUGGACUAUACAGAGGAGGUUCCGAUCAACCAUAUUUGCAUUGUCGACCGCAUAUGUCAAAAGUGCAGUAGCCGUAUUCAGAGUUUCGGGACCGGAAGCGGCACGCGUGAUGUCCCUGAUUGGCAACAUUGAGAGCCCGGAGCAUCGUCGCGCGUACGUACGACGACUCCGCCAUCCCGUCACCUCGAAAAUCAUCGAUAGUGGAGUCAUGCUGUGGUUCAAAGGACCAUCAUCGUUCACCGGCGAAGAUGUUUGUGAACUCCAAUGCCAUGGGAGUAUCGCCGUGAUCAAAACACUGUCUUCCGCACUCGCUUCGAUCGACGGCUUGAGAAUGGCGGAACCUGGCGAGUUCGCGAAAAGAGCGUUCCACAACCGGAAACUGGAUCUGUCCGACGCUGAGAGUCUCGCGGAUCUCAUCGACGCGGAAACUGAAUCCCAGCUCGACCAAGCUAUACGAGGCAGUCAAUUGUCCGGCGUUUGCAACCAGUGGAUGUCGCAGAUAAAAGAAGCGAUGGCCAACUUCGAGGCCUACAUUGACUUUUCGGAGGACCAGGAUAUUCCCGCUGAAGAGGUAGUCAAGAACGUGCGCUCUACUCUGCGGAACACUCUUCUAGAAAUUAGGCUGGCCUUGCAGUCGGCUCCAAGAGGACAUGCUAUCCGCACUGGGUUCCGAGUAGCAAUCACAGGUCGCCCAAACGUCGGUAAAUCAACUUUGAUGAACAUUCUCUCCCAACAAGAGACAUCUAUUGUCAGUCCAUCAGCCGGCACGACCCGAGAUCUGGUGAAAACUACCCUAGACCUUGGUGGAUUACCGAUCGUUCUCUGCGACACUGCUGGAAUCCGGUCCGAUACGGAUGAUGCUGUCGAGCUCGAAGGCAUCACCAGGGCGAAGGAUUUUGCUGAGAACGCUCACAUCAACGUCUCUGUGAUAGACGAUCCCGCCUCGCUGGCACGAGAUCGGGGCGAAGUGGCUAAUGAAGAUACGAUUGUCGUUUUGAAUAAAAUUGAUCUCCUUCGUGGCUGCACUAGACAGCCUGGCAUCGAUUAUGCGGUGUCGUGCGCCACCGGUGCGGGUAUCGCCGAGUUAACGGACGGCAUCAUUUCGAGACUACGCUCAAAGUAUGCACCCGACGCCCCGCCGCUAAUCGUGAGGGAGAGACAGCAAGAACUCAUUCAGAGUGCUCUCGAGAACAUCGAAAUGUGUCUCGCCGACGAGCUCUGCGCAGACGCUGUCAUCUCUGCGGAAUUCCUCCGAAGAGCAGCCAUGGAUCUCGGCCGCAUCACCGGAAGAGUCGAGACCGAAGACAUCCUCGAUAUCAUUUUCAGUCGUUUCUGUAUAGGUAAAUGA